CUACGCCUCCCGUCAUUCAUGUCUUUUGAAGUGUACGCGAGGAAAGCAGCGAUUGGUUGGAUCCCUGUUCAAACUCAACGGCUGCACUCCCUAUAUGGUCAUUGUACGCGCAGCCCUUUCAUUCCAGCUUUUUAUGCUAAUGAUAUUCUAAUCGACAGCUGUAUGCAGUAGUAGUAAGAGCAUGCGCAGUGAGGGAAAAGAAUACGGCGAAGAUUCAAAGUUUUUGUUCCAUUUUUGCCAAAACACCGACCCACAAACAGAUUAUGUUUGGCUUUCACAAGUCAAAGAUCUACCGGAGUAACGACGGCUGUUGCAUCUGCAAGACCAAGUCUUCCAGCUCACGCUUCACGGACAGCAGUCGAUAUGAAGAAACCUUCGAGCUGUGUUUCGGGCUGUCAGAAGAUCGUGUUGGAGACAUUUGCAAUGCCUGUGUGUUGCUUGUGAAGAGGUGGAAGAAGCUACCUAAUGGCUCCAAGAAGAAUUGGAACCACGUGGUGGAUGCCCGUGCUGGACCAGGCUUCAAGAUGACAAAGCCCAAGAAGAUCAAGAACAGUGAUGGGAAGAAGAAAAGCAAGCUGAAGAAGCUUCAUAAAUUGAAGAGACAAACAGACUCCGAUGCCCACAGCACAACAUCCAGUGUAUCUCCAGCACAGUCGCCCAGUUACAGCAACCAGUCAGACGACGGCUCAGACAUCGAGUCCAAGCAAAGACGCCCGACUCCCUCCAUCUUCUCUUUCCUGGACCGCUCGUACUGGAAAAGGCAGAAGGUGUGCUGUGGCAUCGUCUACAAGGGGCGGUUUGGAGAGGUGAUUAUUGAUCCUCGGCUCUUUAAGCCUUGCUGCAGUUCCAAAAAACAGAAGACCCUGGUGUCCACGCAAGUGGCCACGCACCUCCCGGACACACUUCCUCCACAAGUCGCAGAAGACGUGAAAGAAACCUGGUGAUUGCUUUUGUUGACUCCCCUGUAGGGUUAUCCAUGGCAUCCACCUGGAUUUGUCUCCAGUGGCAGACCUCCCAUUUCCACCCAUCCUAUUAGCUCAAAUAGUUAGAUGUUUCUUUUCUGUGUACUUCCUUUUUAUAUGGGUGUCUUUUUUUUUAAAAUCCUUUUGUAUAGAGUUGAUUUUGAUUUAUUUUUUUUUAUUGAAAGAAAAACAAUUGCAAUGGGCAUUAGUGUUAUUUAUAGGUUGAGGGAGCAAAUUUUGUCGGUCCGUUUAUGAUUUGGUAUUGUUUCGGUUAUUUUUGUACUAAGUGAUCAAAGUUUUGUAAAUAUUUUGUCACCUUUUAUACAUAUCAGGAUUGUUCAGUUUUUUUUUUUAAUUGUAACUGCACAUGAAACACAAGCUAGUCAUAUUCCAGGAUUUUUGUUGCUGUUGGAGUGGCUUUCCAACAUGUUGCAAUGUUUUGUCUGUUCCACAUGUGCAACAGUGUAAGUCUGUAGGAUUUUUAGUACAAAAAUGGCUGUUUGUUACCCCAGGGAUCAUUAGAACUACUGUUCUCUAUACAUUUAUAGUGAUUUUAGUGUUUGAAUAGAUAAAAACACUCACUUUCUGAAAUAUUUCACAGCUUACGCAUGCAACAUUUUUGAAAUGCUCCAUUUUGAUUUUCUCAUUAGCUGGUGCACAUUAACUCCGAUCUAUGCGGUUAUACCAUGCAUGCAGUGCAUUCCUCCACCCUGUUGGAAUGGCAAGUGAUUUAUUUCUUUUGUACAGCCUCCAAUGAAAUGCCAUUUUGUAAAGCAAAUGUUUUUAAAAUUAAUUUUGUAAUUAUUGUCAGUGUUUCUGCUCUUAAAUCGCCCGUAAAUCAAAAUCUUUUUUUAAAUGACACGACUAGCAAGCUAAUACAUCUGUAAGAAAAUGUUCUUGUGUAUCUGAAAGGUGCUGAAAAGCUGUACUUUUAAGCUGGUUCAUCAUUUUCUCGAA